AACAUCUUCUCACUCACACACAGUCUCUCUAUCAAAAUCUGCUUUCUUUUUAAGCUCUAUCUUUUUCCUUAUUAUUUUUUGUUUUACAUAUUGCAAACCUCUCUUUGAAUCCAAGUUUCACCCACUUCUUGGUUCUUUCAAAUUCAAUUUUCCUACAAUUUGUUUCCCACUCACUCAGUGAUUCGCUUUCAUGGGUUGUUACCAAAUCUUGGAUUUAAAACUCCCUACUAUUGCUGCUUGAUUUUUGUCUCUGUCUCUCUCUUUUAGUAUAGCUUCUUCUUUUUUUUUUUUUUUUUUUUUUUAAAGUUCUCUAAACCUAAACACAUAAGUACAUUACAGUAUUAAAGACUUGAACUUUAUGUAAGUUCUAUUCUCUCAUAAAACCCCAGAUCUCCAACCAAGUGGGUUUUCUUUUUCCUCCUUGUUUCUUGUUUUAGUGUUGGUUUCAUGACUUUUUUUGGGUUCUUGGUUUUAUGAGGAAAACUAAGGACAAGAAUGAGAUCAUAUACUUCAAUUCUGCUUCUAUGUCUGAUAUCUGGGCUUCUUUUUGUGACCUGUGAUCCCUUUCCAUCAUAUGAAGUUGAGGCCCUCACAACCUUUAAGGAAGGUAUAUAUGAAGACCCACUGCUGGUUUUGUCCAACUGGAAUGCCCUAGAUCCAGAUCCUUGUGAAUGGUCUGGCAUUUCGUGUAAUGGUGCUCGAGACCAUGUUAUAAAGCUAAACAUUUCUGGGUCAUCCUUAAGGGGAUAUCUUGCACAAGAAUUGGGGCUACUUGCCUACUUGCAAGAAUUGAUAUUGCAUGGGAACAAUCUGAUUGGGAUAAUACCUAAAGAAAUUGGCAUGUUGACAUUCCUCAAGAUUUUGGAUUUGGGGAUGAAUCAACUUUCGGGUCCAAUUCCUCCAGAGAUUGGAAAUUUGACAAGUCUAGUGAAAAUAAAUCUUCAGUCAAAUGGAUUGACUGGUUUAAUACCUCCUGAGCUUAGCAAUUUGAAUCAUCUCCUAGAACUUCGGCUGGACAGGAAUAGGCUUCAAGGAAGUGUUCCUGCUGCUAGCAAUCCAGAUUUCUCAUCUGAUAUACGUAGAAAGUAUACCUCAAGUGCAAACGGAACUGGCUUCUGUCGCAGUUCUCAAUUACAAGUUGCAGAUUUCUCAUACAACUUCUUGGUUGGUAGCAUACCUAAGUGCUUGGAGCGUCUUCCAAGGUCAAGCUUUCAAGGGAACUGCCUCCAAAACAAAGAUCCCAAACAACGUUUAACCGGGCAAUGUGGUGGUGCUCCACCUUCCAAAAGCCAUCCAGGAGCCAACUCAAACCACCGGCCAACUGAUAAUAUACCCAAGCAUCAGGGGGCAUCAAAACCUACCUGGCUUUUGGCUCUGGAAAUAGCAACAGGAACCAUGGUUGGUUCUCUCUUUCUGGUUGGUAUUAUCACUGCUCUUCAGAAGUGCAAUGGCAAAUCUUCUAUCAUAAUGCCCUGGAAGAAAUCAGCAAGUGGAAAGGACCAUAUGACUGUAUACAUAGAUUCUGAAAUAUUGAAAGAUGUUGUAAGAUACAGCAGACAGGAUCUAGAAGUAGCCUGUGAAGACUUCAGCAACAUUAUUGGCUCCUCACCAGACAGUGUGGUCUAUAAAGGUACAAUGAAAAGUGGGCCUGAGAUAGCUGUGAUAUCCCUCUGCAUCAAAGAAGAGCAUUGGACAGGCUAUCUUGAGCUUUAUUUUCAGAGAGAGGUGGCAGAUUUGGCAAGACUAAAUCAUGAGAAUACAGGAAAAUUACUGGGAUAUUGUAAAGAGAGCACUCCCUUUACAAGGAUGCUUGUUUUUGAAUAUGCAUCAAAUGGAACACUGUAUGAGUACCUACAUUAUGGAGAAGGAUGCCAAUUUUCUUGGACUAGGCGUAUGAAAAUUAUUAUUGGCAUUGCACGUGGACUCAAGUAUCUUCACACACAACUUGAGCCACCAUUUACCAUAUCAGAGUUGAAUUCUAGUGCCAUUUAUCUUACAGAAGAUUUUUCCCCCAAGCUGGUUGAUUUUGAAAGUUGGAAGACAAUUCUUGCAAGGUCAGAAAAGAAUUCAGGUGCUAUCGGCAAUCAAGGUGCUAUCUGUGUUCUUCCAAAUUCUCUGGAGGCACGCCAUCUGGAUGUCCAAGGCAAUGUGUACGCUUUCGGUGUACUUAUGCUGGAAAUAAUCAGCGGAAGACCUCCAUAUUGUAGGGAGAAAGGGUGCUUGGUAGAUUGGGCUAAGGAAUAUCUUGACCUGCCAGAAGUUAUGUCAUAUGUGGUGGACCCAGAGUUGAAACAUUUCAGAUUUGAAGACCUCAAAGUUGUAUGUGAGGUAGUUAAUCAUUGCAUUAAUCCCGACUCCAGCAAGCAGUUGUCCAUGAAGGAACUGUGUACCAUGUUAGAGAGUGGAAUUGACACAUCAAUAUCGGUUGACUUUAAGUCAUCUUCUUUGGCAUGGGCUGAACUUGCUCUUUCUUCAUAAAUAAGUUGAAGCUAACACACUGUAAAGCAGGAGUAUACGGUAGUUCAUUUUUCUUUCUUUUUCUCCCACCUCAAUUUUAUCUGUUCCUUGUAAAUGCUUCCAUGCGAGAGGAAAAGUAAAGCUUCAGGCAUGACAAAGUCUCUUUGUAUACGAGUAGUUAACUAGUAAAGUUCUGAGAUUAAUUGAAUCACAAUCUUCUUAGAAAUUGUUCAUUGGGUGCAAAUCAGAAAUGAAUUUAUUUUACAUGAUGGAACA